GCGCGAAGUGUCAGUGUGUGUUUUUCUGGUUUCUUCCGUAUUUAUUGAUAAAUCCAAAUCUUAUGAAGAAAUUAUAAAACUUAGGAUAUACAAAGUCGCUAUUUACUGAUAUUUAAUUCCAAAUAUAACAGAAUAUACACCGUAACAAAGUACAUAAUAAGAUAUGGCAGAAGAACCGAAACCAGUAAAUGAAAGUGAUCUCAAAGAACUAAAGGAUCGCAUGAAUUUGAUUGUGAGCGCUGAUCCAGCACAAUAUCAUAAUGAUUACUCACUAAGGAGAUAUUUAAGGGCUUUUAAGACUGUGGACCAAGCAUUCCAGGCUAUAAUCAAGACCAACAAGUGGCGUGGUGAAUAUGGUGUAGCAGACUUGCAAAAUGAUAAGGAGCUUAUAGAAAAAUACUCAGAUAAAGCCAGAGUACUGAGACACAGAGACAUAGUUGGUCGGCCGAUCGUGUACAUUCCUGCAAAAAAUCAUAGCUCCAGUGACAGGAAUAUUGAUGAACUUACUAAAUUUAUUGUUUACUGUUUGGAGGAUGCCAGUAAAAGAUGUUUUGAAGAAGUUGUGGACAAUUUAUGCAUUGUCUUUGAUCUGAACAACUUCACGCUGUCCUGUAUGGACUACCAGGUGCUGAAGAACCUAAUAUGGCUGCUUAGCAGACACUACCCUGAAAGGCUGGGUGUGUGCCUGAUCAUCAACGCACCUACCUUCUUCUCUGGAUGCUGGGCAGUUAUAAAGGGCUGGCUUGAUGAAAACACUGCAGGGAAAGUGACAUUUGUCAGUUCAGAGAUGGAUCUGUGCCGAUACUUGAUACCAGAUAUUCUACCGACCGACAUGUAACUAUGACAAGGAUAACGUAACGAUAAAUGCAUGUAGUAAGUAUACAGUGUAAUUAAUUUUAACGUAAAUUAUGUUAAUUGUGAAUGUGGAUAUUCUAUGAGGUAAUUUACAUUAUUAUAGUUACAAACCAUAACUCCAAUACAUCAGAAUUUGUCAUUUAUAUAUUUAAAUAGGCAAUAAUAAUAUUUUUGCAUAAACAUACAUUAACUAUUACACUGUUUUUCAAAUUGUUAUUACUUACAUAUUUUAUAAAUUUUAUUUAACAUUGUUAAUAUAUUUUCCAAUAUUAUACUGAAAGUGAGAUGAAAGUGAUAAAUAAUGGGGAUGUUGCCUGGGUCAAAAAGCAAGAGUUUUAAUUAGUCCGUCAGUUAACUUAUCAAAAAAUACUCUACUCGUAUUUUUCACUUUUUCAAACUAAUGAAAAUUUAAAGAGAUAAAGCGCCCCAAAGUUCAUAAGAAGAGGCCCGUGACGUCAACGCUUGCUUAAAAAUGCCGCACGUUGUGACGUCGUGCGCAACUUCAACGCACCAUAACUAUGUAAUUAUUUGUUAGAUUGACAAAUAAAAUUAUACGUGUCCAAUAUUUUUUGAUAUUAAACAUUACGGACUAAAAAAAUUUUUUUAGGCAACUAGCCUAUUAUACUAAUUCCUAUUACAUACUGAACAACAUUUGUGGGGUCAAGAAGGUAAUUCAGUUUUCCAUAGUGUUUGUAAACAAAGCUUAAUUUUUAAUAAUAAUAAUCAUAUUUUUAAGGUGUAGUACAUGUGAAACAAAACAUUAACUUGGAAAAUAUGAAUAAAGAAAUAUUUAUUAAGUUUUACAAACACCUCUGUUUACAUUUACCCUGCUUGACACUAUGUGCUGCAUAUGUGCUAAUAAAAAUAUUCUAAGCUUUUUGUUAAAUCUGCAUAUUAUGCCUCCAAUCCAUGUACACACAUAAUAUUUUCAUCUAAGGAAAUACCUAUUAAGUUUAAUUCAUGUUCUUGAAAACUUGAGAUUAACACUUGCCAUUAAACCAUUAAUGUACCUUUCUAAUGCUUUAAUUGUUAUUGAAAUGUUGUUUUUUUUUGUUAAAUAAAACUGUUAUAGUCAAUUAAAAUGAGGAUAUUACAAUAUUUUCCUGAGUAACAUUAAACUUGUAUCAUAAGUAACAUGUUGUUUUCGUUAUUACACUUACAAAUUAAUUGUGAACAAUCUAUUUCAAUUAAUUAAUAGAAGCAUUUUAACAUGUAAAGUGCAUAUGAGCAGUUGAAGGCCGAUUCCAUUAACGUGGGUGCAACAUUUAGACGCAUUUAACCCUUUAACAGUCAUAACAUAAUCAAAAUUUUCAUUGUUUUUGGACCUAAGACAAGCGAAUAAGGCUCAAAAUAUGGCACAUUUUCCCUUCCAAAAUAAUGGAAAUUCUGUAAUUGCUCGGCCUGUAUAAGGUAAAUAAGCAUUUUUGUGCCUCAACAUAGAUUUACAAGACUGCUAUUGAAUGCCCCUAUGCCCCCUAUAGCUUAUUAAUUUGAUAAAAUAGCACAUUUUAUUAUAAUCCUUUGAAUCGAAAGAUAUUGUAAUUUUAGGGAGCCAUACUGACUCAUACUACAAAUAGAAUAUUCUUACACAUACAUAGUUCUCUAGUCAAUGGUAGGUACACAUAAAUUAAACCUAUUCAAAACUUAAAAAUUAUCUUAAGAAUCCUAAUUUUAUUGUAGUUGUAUUCAUGUAACAUGACUGUGUAUGAAAAACUAUAUUUAUUUAUGUACUUACACAAAACGAAAAACUACGAUCAUUACCAAAUACUUGUCAUAAUUAUUUUAAAUAAACAAACUUAUUCAUUCCUGGAUGUUGAUUUGAUCACAUCAAAUGUUAAUUUAGUGAUAAAUAAGAUUUUAAAACAUCCAAACUAUUUCAAAUAGAUCAAAAAGUCCUGAGCGUGCACUAUGAUUGAUUAAAUUUCUAUAAUAUUUAAUUCAAUCACAUCACAGGCUUUAAUUUUCUCUGAUUUAUAGUACUUACAGCAACGUCAAUGCUCUUUAAAGUAUUCCUGAAUAAAACUACAGGGUAUUAAGUCUCUCUAAAAUCGUAUAUUGUCAAACUGGCUGUAUUUUAUUGGUUGAUAAUGUAAUUUCUUCUUCAGUCUUCAUCUUGACGCUAAGCCCUUUUUAGAGGCUAAACACACUUCGGUAUGUGUAAGUGGGCGUUUCAUUUAAAUGCUAUCAGUUAGUUUAAAAAUCAUGGUUUAUGUUAUGUUCGGAAAUAACUAGUAAAUAAUUUUGUCUAAUAUAUUACCCAAGCAAUAAUUUAUUGACAUAAUAAUAACAAUACAUUAUCGAUAAUACCAAGCCAGGUUUAAAAAACAAUAAAGAUUUUACGCAUUUACUAAUAAUAAUAUUUUGGCCCAUGUCAUUCCUUAAUAAACCUUAAACAGAGAAUAGGCUAAUUAUAUUUACUUAAAUCUAGUUUUAUUGCAAAGUAAUGAUUUAUUUUUGUCAAAAAUAUUAUGUAAGUAUUGUAUUUGAUGUAUGUAAUGAGUGUAUGUAAUAUAAAUAUAUGGCGAGCAAUUCAUGAA